UGCGGCUUGUGCUGUACUUACCAAUAUCUUGUGCUGGAUGCAUCACCGAAUCGACGUUCUGCAGAGGCUGGGACAUGGAGUUUGCAGCCACGCUAGCCCACGAAAGUGAUCAGCUGGAGCACUUCACGCUGAGACUAGAGGCGACAUGGAUAUGAUGAACGCAAACAGAAAAAUAAAGAUGCAGGUGCAGGCGCGAAACAAUAGUUGUCUCCCUUGUACAAGCAGGGGAAGGAACCGCUUUGUACACUCAAGUUGUUGAUGACCUGGAGCACGGACUAGCAUAGAAAUCUGUGACCUGAAGCUUGCACGGAUUUUCAGCCAUGAGUGCAGACGGUAAAAAGGGCAUGAGCUUAGAGGAUCAACUUGAAUAUUUGUUCGAGGUAUUCCAUGAAUUUCUUCUGAGUGAGCUACGAGUGUCACAUCUACUUUGUCUCUUGGGAUCAAAGAUUAAAAAAGUGAAAGAGUGUGCUCACAGAAUUCAUAAGCUGGAGGAUGAGGGAAAUCAGCAACAAGCCAGCAGACUCUUCUUAGAUGCUGUAAAAGAAUCUGAUGAACCUGGAAAAUAUACAGCAGUCUUUGAAGCUUUCACCGAAGUGGGAUCUGAACUUAUAGUGAAGGCACUUAAAGGUGAAACUCCAAAUGACACAUGGCACACAGAGCGAAAGGCAAUGAUAGAUAUAUUUAGCCAAAAUAUUGAAGACAAGCUGAAGCUUGAUGUUAUUCUACCACAUCUCAAGGAACUUUUCUUUGAAGAGGACUAUGAGGCUAUUGAUUCUCAACUAGCUGCUGGCAAGACACGCUGUGCCAUUCGCCUUAUGCUACUGUUCAUGCAUAGAAAAAAACAAGAUUGGUAUUUAGCAUUUAUGAAUGCACUUUUGAAGAAUGAUCAUGAGCUUUUGGUACAACACAUCGAUCCAGAUUUUUAUAAGAAGAAGGUUGAUGAGGCAGGCGGAAUUAAAAAAUCCAACCAAGAAAAGCAGGUUGACGUACAAAGUGCACAGCAGCUAGGAAGGGCAGGACAUGUGAAAACCUCAGAUGGAGUCACCAAGAUUGUGCUUAACAGGCCAAAGGCUCCAUUACCAGUCAUUCAAUCAAAAAAAAGAUCUUCACUUAAAGAUCAUCCUAGAGAUAAGCAAGCAGAAGAAACAUCCAGCUUAAUAAAUUUAAUAAAUUCAAAGCAGAAAGAUUCAGCUGAAAAACUUGUAUCAGGUCUUCCUCCUGGCCAGGCUGCUGAAAACUUGCCAUCUCUGAGUACUGUUGAUGAGAAUUAUCCAGAGGUACUGGCCGCCUCUAGACAUUCCACAGAAUCGACUUGUGAUUGUAGAUGUUGUGCCAGAACUUUUGCAGAAGUCCAGUACCUUAGAUCACAAAUUCAGUCUGUGAGUUCACAAUUAUCAGAAGUCCAGUCUCUAAGGUCUGAUAUUGCUGACAUGAAAGACUUUCUCAGAUUUAUAAUUGGCAACCAAAAGAAGUAAAAUGUCUAGUGUCAUCUUUGAAGACAGACAAAAUAUUUCUUCUUACAAAGGUCUUUGAGUGUGUGUUUUGCCAAAUGAAAAAUGUAAAAGUAGAAUUUACACAGUAAUGAAAACUUACUUGAAAAUGAUGUCUGUAUUAAUUUAUGUAUAGAUAAUAAACUGCAGACUAUUUCCAGCAAGCUGCAUUUUAUAAACUGGUAUUUCAGAGUGCCAACAUUAAAUUAGCAUGAAGUGACUUGAUGCUCUGAUACUACCUACCACAUUGCAUAAUGUUUAAAUUAAAUGGUUACCUGAUGACAAAAUUUAAAAUGACUGGAUAAUUCUUUACAAUACUUCUAAAAUCUUAAGCAAGUAGCAUGUUUGUCCAUUGGAUACCAGAAAUGCUGACCCAUACAACCCAUUUGCUUUUUGGCUACAGUUAUUUCUAUUAAACUAUUUUCAUACAGUACUUGAUCGAAGUUUUCUGUCUGCCAUUUCCUAUGCAUAGUAUGCACAGCUGUGCUGCAUCCAUGCCACCCAAGUUGCCAAAGAAUUUUUUCUUGACAAAUGCAGUUUCCACAUCUGAGGUGCUGAAAUGUAUAAAAAAACGAAAGAUCUUUGUUAAAUCAUAUCCAACCAACUUAAAGUAAACUGAACCCAGCAAACAAAAUACGAUAAAAAUGACACUUUGAAAUAUGGAUUCUUUAUGGAAAGGGUGAGCAUGUCUGUGAUACAAACCUGCAAUCCACAACAUUAAUUCUUAUUUGUGUGUAGAAAGAAUCCUAUACCAUGAUUUCAUUACAGUCUGCUUAUAGAUAUCAUUAACACACAUAUGAAAGAUCUUUUCUUUCACUGUGACUCUUGUCUCAUCUUUGAGUCUGGGUACACAAUUUCAAAUUAUUUGUUUAAUCAUUUUUUAUGCAGAAUCCUUAUUCAUGUGGUAGUGGUAUUAUUUAUUAAAAAUGUUUUAAUAAAUGCA